AUGGACGAGCACAUAACAACAAAGAAGCAAUGUUUCACCUCCAUUCAAAAGAAAAAGUUAUUGGGAGCUAUUGAUUCCUUUCAAUUGUGCCCUUCCAUGGACUUGGUCGUCUUUGGUACUUCAUCAACAUCGGCAUCGCUUCAGAAUCUAUUUCGCACAGUCUCGUGGCAAAAGGUUGCCUCAAUUAACCUCGAAGAAUCUGAAAAGGCAUCAAAUGGUGAAUCAACAUCGAGUACUGUCUGUUGGAGUCCGAAUGGUCGAUGGAUAGCUGUGGCGAAGGAUUCCCAAGUAUCACUCUACGGGGUCGAGCCUUUGGCGAAUCCACCAACGGGAACCUCGUUUUCUGGUAGCAGUGGACCAUCAGAGAAAAAUCAUUCAUGGAGAACGCAAAACCCUGUUAUAAGUUUGUACUGGGCUCAUGUUGGGCGACCUCAUGCUACUGCAUGGAAAUUGAGUCUAGAGGAAGAGGAAGAACAGACGUACUGGAGCUAUCAGCAAUAUUUCUUGGAUAAAUCGCUACUUUUCCUGCCACCUAGUGCAUAUCACCAGGGCGGCGAAGAAGGGCAUAACGACUCUCAGAUGCAACACGAAACGCCAACAAGCACAGCCCUUCCAGAAUGCAAAACACCUCUGAGCGUCCUCUGCGUGUCUACAAGAGAGACUAUAGAGUUUUAUUUACAUGGACGGUAUCCCCUAAUCAAAGCGCCGCGUAUGGUGGUGGACUCGACAAAGGGUGUUAACGCAGUGGCAAGCAAUGACUUAACUUAUUUUGUGUUUUUUUCUCAAGUGCCCCACGCACCAUCCACUGUAUCAAUAUAUCAUUUGCCCUUUCUCAAGACAGAGCGAUAUCCGCUACAGGCAAUUGCAUCACUACAUUCGUCUAUCGAAUCUCAUCUUGGAACCCUGAAACAAAGCAUUCCCGAUGUUAUGAAUGCAUGGAAGUCAUCUCUCAAACCAUUGGACACAAAAAUACAACCCCUGAUUCGAUUGCUACAGAACUAUGGUGUUGACAACAAAUCCCUUGGAGAAGUUCUGAAGCAGUUUAUUUUGAUUGGGCAUACCAGCGAAUCAUCAUCUCUUGCUAAUGCAAUGGACCAGUUCUUUACAUCAGUGCAAAUGAAUGAUCAGCUCUUGCAACGAAUGAUUCGUACCCUUUACGGGGCAUUGGGAAAUGUCGAAAGUCAGACACGAAGAAGUCUUCUGAGCCCUGUUCAAGCUUUGGUAUAUCAAAUUCAGGAGCUGUCGGGUUUCGUCAAGUUCUACAGAAAAACAACAACAACAGAUUCCAAUAGCAUUGGCGUGCAGGAUUUGGUAGAUCGUAGUUACUCCCUCUUGAUAAGCGUGGAGUUGCUGAUGAAAAGCAUUAUUGAGAGUAGAUAUAGAGUGCGCGACUUUUGUGGCUACCUCAGGCAUGCAGGGUCCGAAAUUAAAGCGAGAGGAACGGCUCCGCAAUCUGUACAACGCGAAAAUGCCAAGAAACGGCGAGUUCCACAAGCUGUAAUUGAGAGGCUACUUGCCGUCAUGAACACUAAGGUGGAUAUUUCCCUACAAGAUGAAAGCCUAACGGAACAAAUCUUGAGUAUUCCUGUAUCGACUAUGCUGAAGGAGAGCCCGUCUUUCAUGUCGAACGAGACACGCAACAAGGGUGUAUCUUCGCCCAAGUCUGUGAUUGGGGAUAGCGCCACUGUGGCCUACGCUUGUAAUCAAGUAAGCGAAGCUGUCAAAAGUGUAUUUGUAAACCCAAUCGCAAACCUACCGGAGUCCAUUGUACCGCAAGAUAUAACCUUGCCGCAAUUUGAAGAUGCCUCUGUCGCGAUACAUACACGAAUUGGAAAGGAGCCAUCUGAUGACGAAUCAUUUGACGAAGAUGAGCUAGAAGAGUACGAAGAAGCAAGCGACAAGUCUUACUUCUGCCCACAAGUUGUUGACGGUUCCUAUUCAGCGAAUACAGAUUGCCGCCAGUGGACCAUCGUUUCUCAAGCGCAUGACAAUAUUAUUCAGUUGUAUGCAAUUCCCUUGCAGCGAAGCAAUGAAUCGGAGGAUACGUUUGCUCCAUUCUACUUGACUACUUCCCUCCUCUUUCCUUCCAGUGCAUCAAUUACAGAUACUGCAUUCUAUAGCGAUGACGGUAAGUCUUCUUUGUCUUCUGGGAAUGAUAGUGGGACAGGAAAGGAAGGCAGACAGAAGCUUGGCGUUCUGCUUCGAGACACGAGUCAACUACAAGUUUGGUUGCUCUCGUAUGAUUCAGCCCAAUGGCAAGCGCUACCUUUCAAGUCGACGUUGAUCCAUCCCAGUGAUAUCAACAGUGCAUGCGUAUGUCAAGUCACAGGGUUAGCAGAAGGUGCUGAUGAAGAUGAAAUGGAAGUACAAGAAUCGGCUAUUUUCGCGCAAACUCGCAAUAUCGAAGAGAGCGAUUCAUCUGAGACCGAAGCAACAAACCAACUGUGGCUAUGCGGAUCACGUGGAGUGGGGGGAGUUACCAGUGCAUCCGACGGUGUCACUUCACUGGAGCUAUUGGAUUUGGAAGAAGACGAAUUUGACGACGAAGAUGACGACGACGACGAAUUUGAAGAGGACGACUGA